AUGCAAACGUUGCUAUUCACUGCGGAGAUCUCACCACUCAAUUUCAACUCCAAAUACAAAGCGCCAAUCCGUUUGCUCCAGGCCAUCAAAACACCUUUAAAGCUUGACAUAACCGGAAACCACGACUUCACCAUGGACGUACCAGUGUUUGACAAAAAGGUUGCAGAGGCCCAGUCACCAGAGAGUGAGCGCGUUGAAAGAGUUGGUAUCAACACCGUGGAUGUUGUGAUGACACAUGAGCCGCCAAGGGGAAUUAUGGACUACACUCACUCUGGUGAACGGGCAGGCUGCCCUGACCUCUUUCGCGCUCUCGCUCGUGCUCAAUCACCACCACGGAUGCAUUGCUUCACAUUCAUGGAGAGUGGGGUGCGAAACUCGUUACGUGACGGGACAGAACUACCGCUGUACCUUCUCACCUAA